AUUUGAUUGAAGGGCUGGAGGAAGGUGGCAGCUGUCCCCGAGAGCUGUCCUUCUCUCUCUGAAAAUUUUUGAAAAAAUAAUGACGAUCCGAAGCUUGAUGGGUGAUGGGUGAUGGGUGAUGGGAGCUGUGAUGGGCGAUGAUGGCUGCAUACGUUCUCGUCGAUUUAAAAAUUACUGUGGACUGAGGAGUGAAACACCUCACAAGCAACACCAACUUGAAUAGCAGCACCAGCAGCACCAGCACCAGCAGAAAAGUAACAACAAGCAGCAGAAAAGAUUGUCACAAUGAAGAUUCAUCCAAAACUGGCCGGACUUUUGUGGAUGGGACUUCCUGUCAAUGCCUUUUACAUGAACCGUGCCUCGAGAGCCAAGUUUGCCAAAGCUCCCAGUGCCUUUGAAGAUGUUCCUGUGGUGGUGGAAGAAACAUUGAGCACUGAUGAGAUGGAACAAUGGCUGUCGAACAUUAUGAAUCGUGCCAAGCAGGAACCCAUCUUGGCCCAGUUCGAAAAGGAUCAAAGCAAAACGGCCAUGCCCUUGAUGGAAGCGGUCAAGGUGGCAAUCCAUAAUUCCACCCAUGACGAUCCAGUAUACUUGUCAUCGGUCCGUGAGACUGCCUCUCAUGCCUUUACAGAGACGGUGCCCUUCUUUCCACUCAAAGAGGCACUCUUUGCCAGCGGCGCCGAUGAUGACGAAGCAGACAAAUUGGAUUGGUUCAAGUGCUUUUCCAAUUUUGCCAAGGUUCACGACACACUUGUGGUAGCGGGAGAAGGAUCCACAUCGCCUUGUCUGCAGUGCCAUGCCUAUCAAAAAAUCAUUCUAGGCAUUGAUGGGAGUCAACUCAUUCGCAUUGUCCCGCCACUUACACAACAACCCAAUGACGCCAUACGAGCUUGUGCAUCACCGACGUACAUGGAAUCGGCCUAUGGAUUUCCCGUCAGUACAGGGUUCCAUACCAAACACGAUCUCUUUCGAUUCCGUCAUCGUGAUGUCGAUUGGGAAUUGGAUCAAAUGAAGACACAUGGACAAGAAGAAUACCGCAAUCGCUUCGACAAUCACUUUCAGCAUUGGGCCGAGGAUCCAACCAUGUUCAUCCCAUCCACACCCCUCCAAGGACAGGACAUGGACAAGUUUCACCAUGGCAUGUGGCACAGUACUGUCAUAUUGCCAGGAGACAUGGUCGUGAUCCCUCCUGGAUGGUGGUAUCAGACAUACAAUGUAGAACCCAGUGUCUCUAUUGCAAGUCAACGGUGUGGUGGCAGUGCCAUGGCCACCAAGUUCAUUCAUCAUGCAUUGGAAACCUCCGGUGUUGAUCGUACAUUGCGACUGAACCAGGAUGAUGGGCAUUCCGAAGAAGAAGCUAUGACCAUUGUCAGUGGACUCUUUGAAGUGCUGGAGGAGCACUACAGCAAGUCCAAAAAGAAUGCAUACUAAAGCAGAGAGAAAGAGAGAUCCCAAUGAAUAGAACGAGAUGAGUACAAGCACAGAAACAGUGAUUCCCGUAUUUGCAUAAACCUUUUGAUAAUAUACAUGACACGAAACACUGGAUGGCAAAACAAUUGCGUCAUUCCAAUGACGCGGACUGAACGGUACGACAACAAGCAAACAGAAUAGAACCAAUAGUUGCACAACUGGCUGACAAAACCCCUGCUGGCGGUUCACCUCCUCCCUCCUAAUCAAUCUAACACAUAUCAUUUGCAGCUG